UGGGGCGGGCAGCGGCUGCUGGAGGAAGGGGAGGGCUGCCCUGAGUGCCGGCCGGAGGAGUGCCCGGCGCCGCGCGGGUGCCUGGCUGGCACGGUGCGGGAUGCCUGCGACUGCUGCUGGGAGUGUGCCAACCUGGAGGGACAGAUCUGCGACCUGGACAACACCAACCACUUCUACGGCAAGUGCGGGGAGCACCUGGAGUGCCCUGGAGACCUGCGGCGCGGAGAGGUGCCGGAGCCCCAGUGCACCUGCCUCUCCCGCCUGGCCCUCUGCGGCUCCGAUGGCAAAACCUACGCCCAAAUCUGCAGGUUCCUGGAGGUCGCCCGUGCCCACCCCGACACCAACCUCACCGUGGCCCAUGAGGGUCCCUGCGAGUCAGAGCCCCAGAUCACUUCUCCUCCCUACGACACGUGGAACAUCACCGGGCAGGACGUCAUCUUUGGCUGUGAGGUCUUCGCCUACCCCAUGGCGUCCAUCGAAUGGAGGAAGGACGGCAUGGAGAUGCUGCUGCCUGGAGAUGACCCCCACAUCUCUGUCCAGUUCAGAGGCGGCCCCCAGAAAUACGAAGUGACGGGCUGGCUCCAGAUCCAGGGCGUGCGGGUGACGGACGAAGGCACCUACCGCUGCUUUGCCAGGAACAGGGUCGGGGAGGUGGUGGCAUUAGCCAGCCUCACUGUCUUCACGCCGGACCAGCUCAACCUGACGGGCUUUUCCCUGCCGAAGCCCCGCACGACGCCCGAGGACUACGGGGAGAGUGAGGAGGACUAUUACUAG